AUGCUGCUUCCGAUGCGUGGCAUUGUCUCGACGCCACUCCCGGAGCCGCUGCUGUUGCAGGUGUUCACCUGCGGGGCGAUGCGCCACUCGCCACCUAGCACAAAGGAGCGAGCGGAGGCGGCACUGGCGGAGGCAGCGUUCAAGCAGAUGGACAAGGGCGGCCGCGGCAAGCUGUCCAAGCGGGAUUUGCUGCCCUCCUUCCCCCCGUCCGCUUCCCUCCUUCCCUCCCUCUCCCUCUCAACCCGCCCGCCCAUUCCCCUGCCUUCCUACCACCUGACUGCUCCCAUUGGCAUGAUCUCGCACUGCUCCCAUCACCUCGCACUGCCCCCAUCACCUCGCACUGCUCCCAUCACCUCGCACUGCUCCCAUCACCUCGCACCUGCCAGUGGCGGAGGCGACGCUGGCGGUGCUGCUGGAGAAGGCUCCUCGUAUGCCUUCCUCGCCAGUUCCGCCGUUCCCCAGUUCCCCCUCACUCCCACCCCCAUUGCCCGCCCCUACUCCUUGCCGCACGUGCUUUCUCACCCAUCUCCAGUCCCGUCCCGUCGCCCCUGCUUUCCCGUCGCGUCGCCCCCCUUCUGUCCCGCCGCGUCGCGCCGUCCAUCUUGUCCCGCCCCGUCCGCGUCGCGCUUCCCGUCCUCUCCCGUCACACGCGCCCCGUGUGCCCUGCCCAUCCGUCACGCCCCCACUGCGCCCUGCCUGUCCGUCGCGAGCUGUGCGCCUUGCCCGUCCGUCGUGCCCCCGCUGCGCCCUGCCCGUCCGUUGCGCCCCGUGCGCCUUGCCCGUCCGCGCGUGUCGCGCCCGUCCCUGCCAGUCGCGUCCGUGCUGUCGCGUCGCAUUGUCUCUCACGCCCUACGCAAGCCCUUUAGGCGUUUAGGGUUUCGGCAGCAGAAGUAUCCACCUCUACGCUUCCGCUAUGGCGACCCCUAG